UCUAAUUGAAAUGACAAGUAUGAAAUGACAUUAUCUACAAACAUAUUUCUCCGUUUUUGUGUCUCUCCACGAUAUAUUUAUGCUUUUCAAUUUCGCAAACAUGAGUUUCGAUAUUUCCAACAUUACCGCUAAUAAAGAAGAGAGAAAAUACUAUCAUGAUCGAAAGAAACCCGAUGACUUGCAGAUAUCAAGGACAGACAUGAACAUGCUAAUCAUGAAUUAUUUAGUCACAGAGGGCUUCAAAGAAGCAGCACUAAAAUUCCAGCAAGAGGCAGGCUUACAAGAGCCCGCACUGUGCAGCUCUCUCGAUGAACGCAUCAUGAUUCGCGAGGCUGUGCAGAACGGUCGCAUACCCGACGCCAUUGCAAUGGUUAAUGCCCUCCACCCGGAGUUAUUGGACACAGAUCGAUAUCUGUACUUUCAUCUACAGCAACUUCAACUUUUGGAACUGAUAAGGGCAGGUAGAGCUGAGGAGGCACUGGCAUUUGCGAGUGCAACACUAGCUGAAGCUGGUGCAAAUGAUAGUAAUGCCCUAACAGAACUGGAGAGAUCACUAGCACUUCUAGCGUUUCCUGAUCCUCAUGCAUCACCGUUCGCGGAUUUACUCCUACCUUCCCAUAGUCAAAAGAUUGCAAGUGAACUAAAUGCGGCAAUACUCAAAAUGGAAAAUCAGGAGUAUACCAACCCCAAGCUCUGCAGUCUCCUAAGAAUGAUACUCUGGUCCCAGAAUGAGCUUGAUAAACAUAAUAUCAAGUACCCAAAAAUGACUGAUCUUGCUAACGCUACCAUAGAACAACAAAAGUAAAUGUUAAUUUGAAAAUGAAAGGAUAGAUGUGAUACCUCAUAUAUUUCAGGGCUUUCAUACUUGUGGUCUUAUAGCAACAACCCAGAAGAUUCAAC